ACGACUGUCGCCACCAAUGCUCUACUGGAACGCAAAGGCACCAAAUCAGCUCUCUUAACCACCAAGGGCUUUCGAGACUUGCUAAAGAUCGGCAACCAAGCACGUCCAGACAUAUUCGACCUUUCUGCGAGAAGGCCCGACGUGCUCUUCGAGACUGUCGUCGAGGUGAACGAACGCAUCAUUCCUUCACAUCCUAGAUCCUCCAAAGAUGUCCUGUCAUCCUUCCGUUCUAUCACGGGCGUGACUGGAGAGAGAUUCAAUGUCCUCCAGGAGAUAGACGCUGUCAAAGUCAAGGCGGAUCUGCUAGCCCUCAAGAACCAGGGUUACAAAUCUAUCGCAGUCGCUCUGGUCAACUCAUUUGCGUGUCCAGAACACGAAUUGAAGAUUGGAGAGAUUGCACAAUCCCUCGGACUGUCGGUCGCACUGUCCUCACUGUUGCAGCCCAUGAUAAAGGUUGUCCCUCGGGGGAUGUCAGCCACUGCCGAUGCUUAUCUGACUCCCGUGAUCAAAUCCUAUGUCGACUCCAUUUCUGCGAACUUUGAAGGCGGCUUAGCCGGCUCCCACGGUUGUCGCGUCGAAUUCAUGCAAUCAGACGGUGGCCUGGUGGACUUCCGCAAGUUCAGUGGUCUCAAAGCUAUCUUGUCAGGACCUGCAGCCGGGGUUGUCGGCUAUGCCGCAACAAGCUGGGAUCCUGAAUCUCGCGUCCCAGUCAUUGGGUUCGAUAUGGGAGGUACUUCGACGGACGUUUCGCGUUUCGAUGGUCAUCUCGAGCACACAUUUUCCUCGAGUAUUUCCGGAGUCAGUAUCCAGGCACCACAAUUGGACAUCAAGACCGUGGCAGCAGGAGGUGGUUCGGUCCUGUCAUGGCAGAAUGGACUGUUCAUGGUUGGACCUGAAUCAGCAUCCGCGCACCCUGGUCCAGCAUGCUACAGAAAAGGAGGUCCUCUAACAGUGACCGACGCAAAUCUCCUGCUGGGCCGCUUGUUGCCAGAAUAUUUCCCCAAAAUCUUUGGAGCCACAGAAGAUCAGCCUCUCGACCGAGAGAUCACGCGACAGAAGUUCGAAGAAUUGACCGAGCAGGUCAACGCUCAGCAAAAAUCCAAGAAGUUUACCCCUGAAGAAGUGGCCCUUGGUUUCCUCAAAGUCGCGGAUGAGUCUAUGACACGGCCGAUCAGGAAUUUGACCGAAGGGCGAGGCUUCGAAACGUCAUCUCAUCACCUUGCCUGCUUUGGUGGUGCAGGCGGCCAACAUGCAUGCAAUGUAGCGGCCUCCUUAGGCAUUUCACGGAUCAUUAUUCACAAAUACUCUUCUAUCCUGUCGGCAUAUGGGCUCGCCCUGUCCGAAGUUGUCCAUGAGGCACAAGAGCCAAUGGCUGCAGAGUACGUGAGCUCUCAGGAGCUUAUCGCGGAGAAGUUUCAGAAAUUGGUAGCACGGACGACGGAAGAGCUGGUUGACCAGGGUUUCACCAAGGAUCAAGUCAGACAUGAGCUGUUCUUGAACAUGAGAUACGACGGUUCGGAUACGAGCCUGAUGAUUCGGAACAGUGAGGACGGAGACUACGCCUCGGCCUUUGUUCAACGUCACAAGCGCGAGUUCAACUUUACCUUCGACCGACCAAUUCUUGUGGAUGAUAUCCGCGUGAGAGCGAUCGCGUCUUCGAAGACGGUUGUGGAGGAUAGUCCGCUGAAACAACUCAAGAUGGCCAAACUCCGCCAGGCUGGCGAGCCAGCGCAACAGAGCAAGGUAUUUUUCAACUCGGAUGACGGCUAUGUGGAGACUCCGGUCUACCUUUUGCACGACCUUGGGUCGGAUGUACAAGUACAUGGACCUGCCAUCAUUAUCGACAAAACACAGACGAUCGUCGUUGCACCACAUGCAGUUGCGAACGUGCUCCAGACAUGCGUUCUCAUCGAUCUCAAAUCCACUCCUCGUGACUUGGCGACAGCGGAUCAUAUCGACCCUAUCCGGCUUACCAUCUUUGGUCACCGCUUCAUGUCCGUCGCUGAGCAGAUGGGCCGCACCCUGCAGAAGACUGCGGUUUCCACCAACAUCAAAGAGCGACUGGACUUCUCCUGCGCUCUCUUUUCCCCCGAUGGCGGCCUGGUCGCUAACGCGCCUCACGUACCCGUUCAUCUCGGGUCUAUGCAGUUCGCAGUACGGUUCCAACAUGAGCGCUGGCUGGGCAACCUAAAGGACGGCGAUGUGCUCGUAGCCAACCAUCCCAUGUCCGGUGGCACUCACCUUCCGGACGUGACUGUAAUCACGCCAGUGUUCGCGCCAGGCACAGAGGAGAUCAUCUUCUACGUCGCGUCCAGGGGCCAUCAUGCGGACAUCGGAGGUAUACUUCCUGGAUCGAUGCCACCCAACUCGACAGAGUUGUGGCAAGAGGGCGCAGCCAUUGAAUCCGAGAAAUUCGUCGAGAACGGUGUGUUCAAUGAGGCACGCAUGAAAGAGUUGUUCCUCGACUAUCCGGCCCGCCACCCAGGAUGCUCAGGCAGCAGGAAUUUGAAUGACAACAUCUCCGACUUGAAGGCCCAGAUUGCCGCGAAUGCGCGCGGUAUCACCUUGAUCGGUAGCUUGAUCGAGGAAUACAGCCUGAAGGUCGUUCAGCAGUACAUGUACGCCAUUCAAGAAACAGCGGACCUGGCAGUACGCAACCUAUUGAAGGCUUUGUACCAAAGCCAUGGCGGCCAACCCCUCGAGGCACUCGACUAUAUGGACGACGGUACGCCAAUUAAGCUGAAGAUCACGAUCGCCGAGGAUGGUUCCGCCAUAUUCGACUUUGACGGGACUGGACCCGAAGUGAACGGCAAUAUCAACGCACCCGAGGCGAUAACACACUCGGCCAUUAUCUACUCCCUACGGUGUAUGAUCGCGGCCGACAUCCCUCUCAACCAAGGCUGUCUGGCGUCAAUUCAAGUCAAGAUCCCCAAACCGAGUAUCUUAAGUCCAACGCAAGCGGCCGCCGUGGUUGGUGGCAACGUGACGACAUCACAGAGAGUGACAGACGUGGUCUUGAAGGCCCUGCACGCCUGCGCUGCAUCCCAGGGAUGUCUCAACAAUCUGACCUUUGGUGUGGAUGGCAAGAAAGAUCCGGAAACAGGCGAGACCAUCCCUGGAUUUGGCUACUAUGAGACUAUCGCUGGCGGUGCCGGUGCCGGGGCCACCUUCGAAGGUGAGAACGGCGUGCACACGCACAUGACCAACACACGAAUCACGGAUCCCGAGAUUCUCGAGAAGAGGUACCCCUGCAUCCUGCGCAAGUUCCAGCUCAGAGAGGGCUCCGGAGGGAAAGGUCUGCACAAGGGUGGAGAGGGCACAAUCCGAGAAAUCGAGUUCUUGACCCCGUUGCAGUGUUCGAUCUUGUCGGAGCGACGUGUUCAUCGACCGUAUGGGAUGGAUGGCGGUGAGCCAGGAGCCACAGGUUUGAAUUUGUGGCUGUGCAAGGACAGUGUCACAGGUCAGGACAGAACGGUCAAUAUCGGGGGCAAGGGAAGUGUUCCGAUGAAGACAGGCGAUAGAGUGGUCAUCAUGACUCCUGGCGGUGGUGGGUAUGGCAAGGCAAAAGAAGAAGCCAACGUGAACGGAAUGGUCAAUGGGUAUCACUGAGGAUCAUCGAAGCCUUCAUGGUUUAGUAGAAUGCUAGCUAUAGUUAUGAUUUACUGCUUUAAUGUCAAUAGCCGGCUGCACCC